AUCAAUCCUUAAAAAUGUCACCGUAUUUAUAUUUACUAUUAUUAAUUUUUAUACCAAUAAACGGACAAGAGAGACCUACGGAAAUAAAUCCAAAUGUUACAGAUAAUGGAACUGGUGUAGACAAUGAUACUUUGUUUAACAAUCCUGAUCGGCCUAGUCUGGCAUAUCCUCCACAUUUAUCCCUAUUAUUCGUCUUCACUACUUUACUUAUUGGUGUUGUGAUUAGAAGUUUAAUGCUGUGGACCAGUCGUUGUCUUCCAUAUCGAGUUGUCAUGUUUUGCAUUGGAGGUCUAGCUGGUUUUUGUACGUACCACUAUCCAGAUUUUAAACCGUUCGUUCAAGCUUGCUAUGUCGACGUCGAUUUAUUACUGUUAAUAUUUUUGCCUAUUAUCGAGUUUCAUACAGCUUAUAGUGUAGACGCGCAUACGUUUUUCAAAAGUUUACCACAAGUCUUCUUGGUAUCCGUACCUGGUACGCUUUUGACUUCUCUCAUGGUAGCUUUUAUGGGGUAUUAUUUGAUUGAGUCUUCGUGGAAUUUUGGCACUGCCUUACUGUUUGGUGUCGUAUGCUCACCUGUGUAUCCGAUGGAAGUUGUCAAGCAGUUGCGAGAGAUAUCAAAGGGGAAAUAUUUGGCAGUUUUAUUAAUGGGAGAAGGUGUUAUUGGAGACGCGUCGGUAAUGAUAACGUUUACUGCUGUCUUUGGAUACUUAGCUCUAGCGAUCACAGAAGCGUCUCAAGUUUCGUUGAUGCUAUUACGUUUUGCUGGUGGAGGUAUACUUCUUGGUAUAUUUAUGGGAAACGUGACAUCUGGGUUGUUAUCGUUGAUGUAUAAUGACAUGUUGUGUGCUAUAAUGGUUACUUUAUCCGGAGCGUAUUUGACGUAUUACGUUGGUGAAAAGUUUCUCUAUGUGUCUGGGUUAUUAGGGACUGUUAUAACAGGAGUGUUAGUUAGUAAUCAAAAGAGUACUAUAGCGGGGGAUAUUGAGGUGGUUGUUUCACACUUUUGGCAUAUUUUAACCCAUGUUGCUAACACGUUAUUGUUUACAAUGGUUGGUGUUGUAAUUUUUGAGAAGAUCAGUUAUAUGAUGACCGCUAAACAGGUUGCUCUAAUAUUUGUAACAUACUCAACUGUAUAUUGCUCUCGACUGCUUAUUUACUUCAUAAUGAUGCCGGUCCUGAAACGCGUUGGGUAUGGGAUGACCUGGCAUCACGGUCUGGCAUGCUCCUGGGGAGGUCUGAGGGGACCUUUAUCUUUGUGCCUGGCGCUUACUGUUAUGCAGGCACCGCUUAUUUCUGAUGUUGGAGAGAUUUUUGUCAUCCAAGCAGCUGGUCUUGUGAUACUCUCUCUUCUAGUUAAUGCAACGACUAUGUAUAAGGUGCUCAAAACACUUGGUCUAGCCGACAUAUCCUUGGCGAAGAAAGCCAAUAUGACGAACUGCGUGAAACGCAUCAUGAUGACGAGGGAUCGGUGCGUUUCUAUGUUAAAGAUGGAUAAGUUUCUGGCUGACGCAAAUUGGGAUCUAGUACAGGAAGGUACAACAAUAAAACACCCGUACCAGCUGCAAAUGUCCGGGCGCGAUGACGACGACGAAGACGAUGCCUAUAUGGGGUACAGGUACACCACAUGCCCAGAUUGCGAGAGGGAGAUACCCAAUGAGCCUACGAAAAAGGAAUUAGCUGAGAUGUUUAGAGAAGCAAAUCAACGCGUACUAAAGGCAAUGAAGAUUUCGUACUGGCGACAAUACGAACAUGGAAAGAUCAGCAAAGAAGGUGUCAGGACUUUGGUACAGGCUGUUGAGGUUGCUACCGACUCCGAGGAUGGGGCGAUCAAUUUAGAACUGCUUGGGAGUUUGUGGCGACCUAAGCCUCACGCAACGUGGAUCCGUCGUAAACUAGUAAACAUGAUGACUCCCGAAGCAGCAAACGCCCAAGUACCUCGCAAUCCUUGGCGGCAGUACUGCUACCGUAUAGUCACCAAUUUGUGGUUCGACAUGUUCAUCUACUUGGUGAUUCUUUGUAACACGCCGGUGAUAUUGUGUGAAGUAGUUAUGCGACAGCCUGUCACAUUAUUGACUAGUUAUACAAUCAAGUUGUUGAAUUUAAUAUUCUACACGAUUUACGUGCUUGAGAUGGUGAUGAAAAUGAUUGCACUUGGUUUUUGCGGGUAUUUCAAAUCGCAUUGGAACAAGCUUGAUUUUGUCAUGAUUAUAUUUGCUACGGGAGAUCUAAUAUUAGAUGUCAUAGAUUCUUUAACGCCAUGGGAUAAGUGGGAUAACUUGAAUUCCAGCAUUUUGACUGCCACGAAGUUGGUGAGGAUGCUUCGAUUUUUACGGUUAUGUAAACUGGCUAGGGUCUCGGUGCCAAAGAUAAUGGCCUACGUAGAUAGAAUGAUUGACAUACAACUAGCGUUUGGCUACGACGUCGGAAAAGGAUUUGUGACGGGAGAGCAGGAAGUCUGCUCAUUGCUGCCACAGCUGGUUGACAAUAAACAUAUACAGGAGACGCUCAGUGCCAGACUGGAGAUGGACCGGUUGACAGUAACACGGCAACUAGGGUUGCUUCAGAGGGAUAGGCCCUGGACUGCAAUCACAGUGAAGACACGGCAGGCCACCACCUCUACACUCAAUAUAAUGAUCUUGGACGCACAGCAGCUGAAGGAGGAAGGUUUUUUGGAUGAAAUGGAAUAUCGACUACUUCUUCACGCCAUCCAAGAAAAAGUUCAGUUGUGUCGUCAUAAAGGCAGUUUGGUUGCACCAUCUUCGCCAGAGACCCAAUUACGAGCAGUGUCGUGGUUGCAAGGUAAUGAGAGAGUUGCUGAUUUCUUUCUGGAGAAUUCGGAAAUUAUUAAUUAUAACAUUAAUGACAUUCUGAUAUCACGAGGUGACGAGCCCAAAGGCAUGUACAUAGUGGUGUCAGGCCUACUCGAAGCGACAUACGAGCCGCCGGCUGGUGAAAUUGACGAGGCCAUACCCAAUUUUGAGUUUUUCACUGACUUGAAGUUCGAUGAGCCUAGCCAGGAGUAUAUUGUUUCCGGGAACGCUAUUGGUGUCCUUGGGGUCCUUACGAAUCGUCCAUACAGUUAUACAGUCCGUUGUGACUCCGGUGUACAAGCUUACUACAUUUCGAUGACUGUAAUUAAGGAAGCAUUUAAUUUAGCUCCUCAUCCUAUAAUGGGAUUAGAAGCAUCGAUGUGGCGGGAGAUAGGCAUCAAGUUCUCAAUGAUGGUACUGCCCACCGUGCCUGCGUACCACGGACUCUCCACGGAGAAGCUUAGCAUGCGUCUGGAACACGCAUUCGUUCCUUGCUUGAAGGCGUUUAAGGUUUUUGUUGUUAACGAAUUAAUGGAGGAUAUCGUGCUGAUUGACGGUGUCUGCCAAGAUCUGGCCACCAGGGAAGUAUUCCAGCCACCUUGCUAUAUUCCUAGAACAGCCCACCGGUUGAUAUUCCCCAAGUCCUCUCAACUGAUGGUGAGCAUUGGGUGUCCGGAAACGAAGCUGCUGAUCGUGCCAGCCAAGGACAGUGACGAAAUGGAUAUUAUGGAAGACGAAGUUGAUGACACGCAGUGUGAGCUGAUGUCAAACAGUUCGUCCCGUUGCCUAUACCACCGAGUGGCUCGUCGGCUGUCGAGCGACUCGCGACGCACUCUUUCACAGCGCGGAGGACGCAAGCGGCGCCGCGGUGGUGCGCGACGGGUUAACUACCGGGAAUCUGUUUGGGGGAGUAAGAUUGGUUCGGUGGCACAAGUGGGGAGCGACAAAGACGCGCAUGUCAAGAAAAGCAUGUACAGACCUACCUUGGAGACGACCUUGGAACCGAAACGUGAGUUAUCUGGCAGAUUUGUUAGAGAAAAUUCGGGACGCGGCAAUCGGCUUGAGUCUGAAGAGGAGAUUUAUACAACGAACUUUUCCAAGACUUGACGAAGUCACGAAAAUGAUGAAAAAAAUAGACUAAUACUAUAUUCAUACAUACUCCACUCCAAUUGAAGCUAUCUGGUACAUUUAAUGAUAGUGUGGUUUGUAGCACCAUAUGGUUCCAAUUCGUUUGAUGGUAAUUAUCAUCGUUAUGAAGCCACGUGGUUGGCCACUUUGAAUUUCUUAAUACUCUCCGAUAUGAUUAAAGCAACGUGAUUGGUCGGUUUGAAAUUGUCAUUCGAGAACACGUGAUUGGUGAACUUGAAGUUCUUACUGAUUUUGACCACGUGGAUUAUUAAGGCAUAGCUAUCAAAAGUAGUCAUUUUU